AUGCCGUUCGUCCAAGCAAACAGCCAUCGUCUCUACUAUGCCGACUCUCACCCCGCCGGCCCUCCCCAAAACGGCCUAACUUUUAUCUUCAUCCACGGCCUGGGUUCCUCACAAAACUACUACUACCCAGUAAUCCCGCACCUUACGAAGCUCCACCGCUGCAUCACACUCGACACAUACGGCGCCGCCCGCUCCCCGUACACCAAUGACACAAUCACGAUCCCCAGUAUCGCAGAAGAUGUCAUCGGCGCGCUGGACUCGCUGCAUAUCGCCAAGGCCGUCGUAGUCGGCCAUUCAAUGGGCGGGCUCGUAGUACUAGAGCUAGGUGCGCGGAUCCCCGAUCGCGUACUGGGCGUUGUCGCCAUUGGGCCGACGCACCCGUCAGAUAUGUUGGUGGGGGUCAUGAAUAGAAGAUCGGAUACUGUGCUUGAGUCUGGAAUGGAGCCAAUGGCAGAUACCAUCCCGUCUGGAGCUGUCGGCUCGCGCAGCACCCCGCUUCAGAAGGCUUUCAUCCGGGAGUUGGUCCUAGGCCAGGACCCGAAAGGCUAUGCCGUGAUGUGCCGCGCUAUUGCUGCCGCGAAGCCACCUAACUAUGCUGCGGUCAAGGAGCCUUUCCUGCUUAUUGCGGGCGAAGAGGACAAGUCUGCUUCUAUGGAGGGGUGCCGGUACAUCUUUGAGCAUGUCUCGAGUGAGAAAAAGUCCCUCGAGGUAUUGAAGGGAGUUGGGCACUGGCAUUGUAUUGAGGCUGCUGACGAGGUGGGUGAGUUAAUCGCCAAGUUUGCGGAUUCUGUGAAUGCUUGA